AUGCCUGGUAUGCCACCUCCUCCACCACCCCCUGGAAUGCCAGGUAUGCCUCCACCCCCUCCUGGAUUUGGAUUUAGACCACCUGGAGCACCUGCACUUAAAGUUCAAACAACAUUAAGUAAAUUAAAACAACCAAAGAACAAGUUAAAGGCUGUCCAAUGGCAAAAAAUCCCAGAAAGACAAUUAACUAAUACAAUAUUUAGUAAAAUGGAAGGGGAUGUUGCUGUUAGUGAAUGUUUUGACGACUUAGAGGAAAUGUUUAAACAAAAAGAAGUUGUAGUAAAAAAAGAAGACACAAGUAAGUCAAAUAAAAUUCAAUACGUUGGCAUAUUUGAUGGAAAGAAAUCACAAAACAUUAAUAUUAUGUUGAACAAAUUUAAAGGAGUGUCUGUGGAAACCAUCAUUGAUAAUAUCAAUUCACUAGACAUGACUCUAUUUGAUGAAGUUUCUUUAAUAGAAGGUCUCAAAAAUGCACUUCCAAUUGCGUCAUCAGACAAAGAUGAACCUGGGCUCUUAAAAGAUUAUUAUGAACACCCUGAAAAGUAUGUUGGAAAACAAUUAGACCCGUCUGAAAUAUUCUCAUAUAAAUUAAGUCAAUGUUCUAAUGCAGAGAAGAAAUUAGAUGUUAUGAUGAAGUUGCUUCAAUUCCCAAGUAAAUUUGAUGACUGUUCUCGAAACGUAAAAACAUUAUUAACAGCAUCAACACAAUUAUGUGAAAGUAAGUCAUUCUUAAAAUUACUUGAAGUAAUUUUAAUUAUUGGUAAUUAUAUGAAUAAAGCAAGUAAAAAGCCAAUUACUUGUGGUUUUAAAAUGAGUGUUUUAGGAAAGUUAGCAGAUACCAAGUCUAAUGACAACCAAAAGAAUUUAGUUUAUUUCUUGUGUAAAUAUAUUCAUGAGAAGCACCCAGAUUUAUCUCAUUGGAUGGAGGAAGUUGAAGCUGUUGUACCAGCAGUACGUGUUAUGGGAAGUGAAGUUGAGUCAACAUUCGCUGAAUUAAAGAAAACAGUUGCAGGAUUUGAUGCAACUAUUGCUCAAUUACAAAAAACACCAGGAAACGAAGGAUUUGUUGCAGAAUUAUCACAACUUAAUUCAGGGUAUUCGACUAAUAUGUUAGUCCUUGAAAAUGAUAAAAAGAAAUAUGAUGUUCAAUAUUCAAAAGUGUGCCAAUUAUAUGGUGAGGAUACAAGUAAAUUGCCUAAAAGUGAAGAUUUCUUUAAGAAUUUUAAAGACUUUUAUGAAAGUUAUGAAAAAGCAGAGCAAAUGUACCAAGAUGAUAAGGCAAAAGCUGAGAAAGAAGCAAAGAAAGAAGCAGAAAAGAAAAGAAAAAUGGAAGAACAAGAAAGAAAAGCCAAAGAACGUGAGGCAAAGAAAAAACAACAAGAAGCCAUGGUUGAAGGUAUGGCAGAAGAUAUGAUUAAACCAAUAAAGAAGGUUAAGAAAGUAAAAAAGUCUAGAAAGGAAACUAUGGAAGUUGAUUUUGAAAAAGAUUUGGCUGAAGAACGUAAGUUAGCUCAAGACAAACCUGAAGAUGAACCUGUUAAGAAAGUUAGAAAAAUUGUUAAACGGAAAGUUCAUAAGAAAGCUACUGUGGCUACCGAAGAAAACUGA